CUUGGUUUUACUCUUGGCAAUGUGGUUGGGAUGUAUCUGGCUCAGAACUAUGAUAUUCCUAACAUCGCAAAGAAGCUUGAAGAUUUUAAGAAGGAUGUGGAAGCUAAGAAGAAACCUCCCAGCGACAAGUCCUAAGAGAGCAAUGUUACCCAGGUCACCUCUGUGCAUGCAUCAAGGAUGCCAUUUGCCUUUCAGGCAACAAAGGUCAAGUAGAGGGUUGGCAUGGGACAUUCUUCCACUUUUAAGUCUCCUAGAACUGUAAUGUCCUUCUUUUGAAUGAACAGCCAUGAACUUUACCUGGGACUGAUUUUCAAGGGUUUCAGAAUUUGGAUUUGUAUAUGCGACUGGAUAAGGUCGUUUGUAUUUUUAGUUAUUGCUUUGCCUAAUAUUUUGUAACCCAUUUUCACCCGAUCAAGCUGGAGUCCUGUUAGUCCUGUUAUUAUGCGUACCUCACACUUUGUAAUACCCUAGUUCUUAGAACAUAGCAAAAGAAAUUAAAUGCAUCAAGAAGUA